AUGAACAAUAUUAUUUUACGAAACAUAUUUGUAUUUACUAGUGCUGCAAUAUUUUUAGGAACUAUUAUACUUAAUCUAUUGGCUAUUGUUUAUAUUCGUUCAAGACGAGAUAGAACAUCAAUUGCUAUUCUUGUCGUUAAUUUAGCUAUUGCUGAUAUAAUUCACGCUAUGGGAAUUAUUUUCUUUAGUAGUAAUUUAUUUACACCUAGUUGGGUAUUUGGAGAAUUUGGUUGUAAAUUUAGUUUAUCUAUUGAUGUACUUUGUACUGUGGUAAUUGUCUACACAGUAGCUGCAUUAAGUGUUGAACGAUAUAUAGAUGCUCGAUCUAAAUUAACAGCAAAAUUUCGUUUAAUUAUAACGUUUAUAUCAUUAAUUAUUAUUUGGACAGUUGGUUUACUUUUACCAUAUCCAUUUAUAUUUUAUACAUUUCUUUAUGAUCAAACAAGAACUGUAAAUACAAAUAUAACAACAACAACAACAUCAAUAUUAACAUGUCGUUCAGUUUUAUCUGAACGUGCAUUACUUAUCUAUGAAAUAGUUUUAUAUGUAAUGGCUUUUAUUAUACCUUAUUCAAUAAUUGUUUUAUUUUCAUUAAAAUUACUUCGAUUUUUACGUCAAUGGUUAAAUCGUAAACAAAAAUUAACACGUUUAAAUGUUGUUAAAAGACGAACACGUGGUGUUAAACUUGUUCUAUGUAUUGUUUUAUCAUUUUUGAUAUGUUAUACACCAUUUUGGAUAUUUAAAUUUUAUACAAGUUUUCUUGUGGAUGAAACUAUACGACGUCGACCAUUAUUAAGACGUUUUCUUACAUAUGCACAUCAACUUGUUGUUUUACUUAGUCAUAUUGAAGGCAUACUUAAUCCAUUAUUUUUUAUUGUUUUAACAGAACAUUUUUGUCGAACAUUUUCAAAACAUCGAAGAAAAACUUUGGAUUUUUUUGGUACAAAAUCAUCAUUAAUCUCACGAAAUGGUGAACGUAAAUCAUCAAUUAUAAAUAGAAAAAAUUCAAUACGAAAAAUAGUAACAACUGCUGGAAAUACAGAAAUAAAUGGUCUUUUAUCAUCACAUCCAACUCUUUGUGAUGAUAUUGAUAAGAUAACUGUUGCUGUUCUAUCUCAUUGA